AUGGAGGGCGAAAGUACGUCGGCGGUGCUCUCGGGCUUUGUGCUCGGCGCGCUCGCCUUCCAGCACCUUAACACCGACUCGGACACGGAAGGUUUUCUCCUUGGGGAAGUGAAAGGUGAAGCUAAGAAUAGUAUUACUGAUUCCCAGAUGGAUGAUGUUGAAGUUAUUUAUACAAUUGACAUUCAAAAAUAUAUUCCAUGCUAUCAGCUUUUUAGCUUUUACAGUUCUUCUGGUGAAGUAAAUGAACAAGCACUGAAGAAAAUAUUAUCAAGUGUCAAAAAGGAUGUGGUUGGUUGGUACAAAUUCCGACGUCAUUCAGACCAGAUCAUGACAUUUAGAGAGAGAUUGCUUCACAGAAACUUACAGCAGCAUCUCUCAAGCCAGGAACUUGUUUUUCUGCUACUAACACCAAGCAUAGUAACUGAAAGCUGUUCUACUCAUCGUUUGGAACAUGCCUUAUAUAAACCUCAAAAAGGACUUUUUCAUAGAAUACCUUUAGUUGUGGCAAAUCUGGGCAUGUCUGAACAACUGGGAUAUAAAACUGUGUCAGGCUCCUGUAUGUCUGCUGGUUUUAGCCGAGCAGUGAAAACACACAGCCCUGAAUUUUUUAAAGAAGAUGGAUCUUUAAAGGAAGUACACAAGAUAAAUGAAAUGUAUGCUUCUUUACAAGAAGAAUUAAAGAGUAUAUGCAAAAAAGUAGAACACAGUGAGCAAGCAGUAGAAAAACUACUAAAGGAUGUAAGUAGAUUAAAACGAGAAAUCAAAAAAAGAAAACGAGCGCAGGCUCAAGCAGCACGAGAUACGAAUAUGCAAAAGGAGCCUCAGGAGAACGUUUUUCUUUGUCAAGCUUUACAGAAUUUUUUCCCGGACUCUGACUUUCUUCAUUCAUGUGUUAUUUCCUUGAAAAACAGACAUAUUUCUAAAAGUACCUGUAAAACCAACCACCAUCUCAGUGUGGCAGACAACCUGACCUUAAUGGUAGAAUACACUGACAUUCCGGACGCUAGUCCCCCUAGUGGUGCACAGCAGGUGACUAAGCGGAAAGCUUUAGAUACAGAGGAUGACUGGCAAUUCAAGAGGUCACGGCUGUCAGAGACACAAAACAAACUAGUAAAAACAGAUACUGAUAGUAGUAACCAAGAAAAAGCAUCCACCACAAGCAGCCCAGAAGUAGAUGAAGAGAUUGAGAAAAUGAAGGGUUCUGGAGACUAUCCACAAUCUCCUACUUUUUAAUUCUUUGAGACCAAAUGAUUUUUGACUAGCUGAAGGGUAAAGCUAAACACUGCUAUUGUUUUUACUGUUCAACUAUUUGAAGUCAUGCACAGAUAUGUAAAUCCCCAGUUUAA